AACCCUGUAUAUGUACAUAGUACAAUUACAUACUGCAUACAUGUAUUGAUAAAUGUAGUUUAUAAGAUUUUUCUGAAAACUAUUCUUGAAAGAGGGGAUUAGUUUAGAAAAUACAGUUUGUCUGAAGGAGAAAAGAUUAUUCUAGGUUCUGAAGGAUUUUAGUCAAAUUUUCCGAUUAAUUUGUUUCUAAAGAGUUUGCACACUCAGUUCUUAUUCCAAUUCCCUUAAUCCUCAGCUUAAAUAUAUUCAAACAACCUCACAUACCGGAGUUCGGAGGUUCAAAUCCAGGUUACAGGGCGGAGCUCCUCUCAACAACCAAUCAGAGCUCACAUUCCCACGCUCCGACCAAUCACGGAACAGAGUCGGGUCCUCGAGACCAAUCCGAGGAGAGAUGGUGAGUCGAGAGGCCAAUGAGAGGAUGUCAAGUUAGGAGUCAGAUCUGCAACCACAAACCAACGCCAUCAGGGGAGAAAACUUAAAAUUUGUUUUACCUGUUUUUAAAAUUAUUUUAUUUUUAACGGUUGACAGGAAAUUUCAUUUUUGUAUUAAUCUUGAUUUAUAUUAGACUAAAUAAAUACUUCCCCCCCCCCUCCUUUACGAGAAUGUUAUAUUACGCCCCUGUUUGACGUUUGUGGGAGGGUCUGCCUGGUGAACAGUAGAAGUAGAAACCAGAGAGCAUUAGACCUCACCCCCACUUCAUAUCUAACCCCUGAUCCGUGGAGAUAUAUCAGGAACCAGGAGAUGUAACAAGAACCAAGGGAUAUAUCAGGAACCAGGAGAUAAAUCAGGAACCAGGGGAUAUAUCAGGAACCAGGGGAUAUAUCAGAAACCAGGAGAUAUAUUAGGAACCAGGAGAUAUAGAAGGAACCAAAAGAUAUAUCAGGAACCAGGAGAUAAAUCAGGAACCAGAAGAUAGUUCAGGAACCAGAAGAUAGUUCAGGAACCAGAAGAUAGUUCAGGAACUAAGAGGUAUAUUAAAUACCAGGAGAUAUAUCGCAGGAACCAAUGGGAUAUAUCCGAAACCAGUAGAUAUGUAAAGAACCAGGAGAUUUAUCAGGAACCAGGAGAUAUAUAUAUCAGGAACUAGGAGAUCAGAAACCAGGAUACCAAACAGGAACCAGAAGAUAUACCCGAAUCACGAGAUAUAUCAGGAACCAGGAGAUAUAUCAGGAACCAGGAGAUAUAUCAGGAACCAGGAAAUAUAUCAGGAACCAAGAGAUAUAACCAGGAGAUAUAUCAGGAACCAGAGAUAUAUCAGGAACCAGGAAUUAUAUCAGGAACCAGGAGAUAUAUCAGGAACCAGGAGAUAUAUCAGGAACCAAGAGAUAUAGCCAGGAUAUAUAUCAGGAACCAGGAAUUAUAUCAGGAACCAGGAGAUAUAUCAGGAACCAGGAGAUAUAGCCAGGAGAUAUAUCAGGAACUAGGGAUAUAUCAAGAACCAGGAAUUAUAUCAGGAACCAGAAAGAAGAAUUUUUAGAAUCUGGAAUAUAUCUAGUGAUAUCCAGGUAUAUAUCUAGUGAUAUCCAGGUAUAAAAGAACUGUUAUCAAAGUAUUUCCCUGAACUGAAAACCUGAAAACCUGUAAUAAAAGUAGAGAACUGCUUGAUUAAGAAGAUUAUUGUGAAAUGCUGGAGAUAACAAAGAGCAAUUAAUAAAAGGAAAAUAUAAAAUGGAAGAAUAUUCUUCGGCAUCAUCUUCAAUUGAUGUAUUUGGUAGAGGGUUGAGAUCAGAUAUGCUUGAGGGGGGCGGAGCAGGUUCCGGUGGAGGGAUGGGCGGGCAUCCUAUCAGUGUAUUUAGCCACGCCUCAUCUCUUCCAGUUAGUGCUUUUAACAACUCCCUCUCUCCAGCUUUCAACCACCCCCACUCCACCUCCUUGAACCACGCCCACCCAAACUCUUUUAGUCACGCCCACUCUAGGCUGGACAGGCUUCAGCUUGGCUUCUCCUCUCCAGCAUUAAAGGGUUCAGGACUGAUGUGCGUGGUUUGUGGAGAUACAAGUUCUGGAAAACACUAUGGGAUACUGGCCUGUAAUGGAUGCUCAGGAUUCUUUAAAAGAUCUGUACGAAGACGGCUAAUAUACAGAUGUCAGGCCGGAAAUGGAGCUUGCAUGAUUGACAAAGCACAUCGUAACCAAUGUCAAGCUUGUAGGCUGAAGAAAUGUCUUCAAAUGGGCAUGAACAAAGAUGCUGUUCAAAACGAGCGGCAACCUAGAAAUACUGCGACUAUUCGCCCUGAAUCAUUGAAGGAUAUGGACGCAGAGACGAUGUUAAGAGAAGCAAGUGUUGCAGUUGGAGCAUUUGGGAGACCAUCCUUGCCGCUGCUCGGGUUCCGUGGAGCCGGAGCACCCAUGUUUGCGCCAAUGCCGCUGAAUUUCUCCGGAGCACGCGGCCUGCCCGCCCUACUUGACAGAUCGCAGGAUUUGGCGCCAAAUCCUGAUGGGAAUAUCUCAGUGUUUAAGCAGCAAGAAGAUUCUGAAACAAGUUCUUCUUCUCCUCCUAUAAACUGUUCCGACAUAGACACAUCUUCUCUUCAGGGAGCUCCUGAGACAGUUUAUGAAACUGCUGCAAGGUUACUUUUCAUGGCUGUUAGAUGGACCAAGAACCUAGCUUCCUUUGCUUCCCUACCUUUUAGAGAUCAGGUUCUGCUCCUGGAGGAUAGCUGGUGUGAACUAUUCCUACUCUGCUCUAUUCAAUGGUGUCUCCCCCUACCUUCACCUUCUCUCUUCUCCUCGGACCAACUACCAUCUCUUCCUCACAAUCUAGAGGGGUCAUUAAACACACUAAACAAUCUACUUUUCAGGUAUCGUCAGCUAAAUAUUGAUCCUGCUGAGUUCGCUUGUUUAAAGGCGAUAAUACUUUUUAAACCAGAGGUUUGUGGUUUGAAGGAUAGUGUAGAGGUUGAGAAUCUCCAGGAUCAAAGUUUAUCAAUGCUUCAACAUCACAUCAACUCAGGAGGAGUAGCUGGUAUGGCCGGUGGUCUUCAUCAUCUGCAACCACAACCAAGACAGGGCACACGAUUUCCCCGGCUUCUACUUGCGCUUUCAGCUUUACAGAAGAUUCCCUCGGUUGACGUAGAACGAAUUUAUUUCGAGAAAACUAUUGGGAGUACACCAAUGGAGAAACUUUUAUGUGACAUGUUUAAAAAUUAAACUUUACUGCAUUUAAAAAAAAAUGAAUUCCAUGUUCAAGAAUUGUGCUAUUUAACUCAAAAGGAUGAUAUGUCUUAAAUUUAAGUAAAAUGUUUUCAACUUUUUAAAUCAAAAUUAUGUUCAAAAUUCUGUAUCUUACUCGUCAAUUUUUCAAUACCUUAAUAGAAAAAUUAAUAUUAGGGUAUACUGAUCCUGAAAAAAAACAGAAUAGCGCCAAAAAGAACUGCGGGAGAAUCGAACGGGCAUACGCAUGACGCUUUACAGCUCAAUGAUCACCUAACGGAGAAGUUUUUUUUAAAUUUCUCGCCGCGCUACAGAUUAUAGAUUUUAAAUAACAAAGGAAGUUACUUGCCUCUGAUCCAGAUUUUCUAAUCCAUAUAUCUUUUCAACCUGAUGGUGUAAACCUUUCAUAUUUCAAAUUUUUACUUUGUUA